AUGACGCGGUUGCCAGGGCGUCCUGGACCAGGUCGAGCCCAAAACAGCUCGGCCAGGACCAAAUUUCGCAAGCACAAGGUCAUAUUAGAAAGUGUGACGCAGAAACGAAAGAAGCUUAGAACAAUCUUAUCAUUCGAAGCGAAAGCUCCUCCUGGAUACACUUUCAUACCGGCGGGUAACCCAACAUUCACGACAGCCUGCAAGGAGUUUUGCCGUGAAGAAGGUCUGAGGAUUUUCACUGUUACGGUUAAGACAACCCCGCAUCAAAACACACACGGCCUAUCGCAGCAGGUUCAUCGAGUAGGUUAUCAUUUUCCAAGCGCUGUUGUGGCUCAAAAAUGCAUGGAGCUUGGCCUAUACAUUUCAGAAAACGGAAAUGUGGUACCUUUCGAACAGUUUGGGACCAGCUUCCCUACGACCGACGAGGUCGUGGAAGUUCCUCAGAUUACAAUAAAUACGGAAGCCAGAGACGUUAUCCGCGACCUGUUCCCUAGGAUUCCUGAUGAUGAUAUUAAUCAAAUUAUCAAGACGGCUUUUCAAAAGGGUCAACGUAAAGUAGGGACCGCAGUUGAGCUACCGCUGGCUCGUAGAGCCCAGCUAGCUGUAGUAGCGCAUAUUCGUCACGUCUACACGGACUACGACAAGUUACUCAAAACAACAUCUUUUCAAGAAGCACGACGUUCGGUAGAAGACUCUACGUUAGAGAAGCUCGUUCAGUGGCGUGGUGAUGAUGAAAAUGGAAUGCCGGAAUUGGAAGAUGUCUUCCGUGAGGUCAUUGUCAUUUCUGAUGACGAAGAAGGAGAUACUGAAGAAAGCGAUUUCAUCGGAAAUGAAAACGUUGCUUCAGCUGGUCGUGAUCGUGGUCUGAGUGUUGAGGUGUUGUCAAGUCAGGUCGCUGCAGACAACCUUGAUGUCAUCACAAACGACGAUAGCAAUCAUAUCGUCAGCCCCUUCCCAAUCAGAGUCGGCAGAAAACCACUCUUUAGCGAUUACAACAUCGGAGCUGGAGUCACUAACCUAGCUUCAAGCAAGACAAAGGUGGAUCGGCGUGGGUUCAGUCGAUAUCAAGCUUGGGAUCGAGCCAUGGAUCGUUACCGAGAAAAAUCACUUUCCAGAUACGGCGAAUCUAGCUUGUCUAGGGCUCCUGCAGUAACCAGAGAUGAAGCAAUUAUCACUUCAAGGCCGUUGCACCGCCAUCCAAACCAAGUUACUGGACGACCUCUCACACCCAUAGUGGAGCGCACGUCCGGUCCCUCUUUUAAAGGGGCGGCAUAUGACAAUCGACCACAUUCUAGCGAUGUACUUCAGCACAAAGGCCAGUAUGCUUCGCAAGAGGGCAACAGACUACAAGCAGGCCCACCGACACAGCACCAAGCCCCAGAUAUUCUUCAUUUUCCUGACGGCUCCGUUUUCAGUAAAAUUACUACAACUUCGUCGCAUAAAAGGAAUUCAUUUCCAAUUGAUGUUUCGUCUGCUCCUGUGUUUGUUGCGGGGCCAAGAUUGUUCUCUGAAGGUAAUAAUGGGACGACUCUAAAACGAGUCCAUCCGACUGCUCACCGUCCACCCAGCGGCAAUUGGAGCAGCGAUUCUCCUCGAGGUCACACGAUAAUUCCUUCGAUUGAACGUCGCGACUCUCCAAUCUCCGCGGGGUUUCCGCUUCAGCACAAGACAAGCGACCCCAAUAUGUUGCCAAGUGUUGCGCGUGGAGCUUCGGCUUCGCAGUAUCGGCGACCACUUGAUGAACUUUCGAAGAGAAUUGAUUUGAUAGACUUGACCGAAGAUACACUCGAAAUCCCCAAAAGGAGAAGACUAGAAUCCCAGGAAGCUCCAUCUAAUGUCCUCCGGUCUUCAUAUAGGGACGAGUUCAGGAGUUCGGAGGCUCCGGGAUCAAGAGCCCAACCUGCACCCUCGAUGAAACACAGACGAUACCAUGAGUCUGUGCCUCAAGGAAAGAGGCCUGGUGUGGCGCCUAUUAUGAGGACUGAUCCAGCUUCGUACUUUGUGAACAGGCCCAGGCAAGAGACUGACCAGGCAGCAUACCCCGGUAAUAAGCUACAUGCUGUACCUAGUUCCAUUCCCCAGGUUCUUCUUGACUCUUCGGAAGCUUUCAAUGGAUCUGGUAGCACGCCUACAGGUCGUCCACCCGUUGACACCCUACCACAGUACAGGAAUAUGAGCUCUAGUGGUGACUCCUGCGUAGCGCAACCUCCAAAAGAAGCCCCUCCUCGACUCGAUCAUCCAGUCAGCAGCCAUCACAGCCGUGGCACUGGCUCCGAUGAUGCAAUGUGGAGAAGUAAAGCUAACUCUUACGGUUCGCAGAGGAGAUUAUUAGCAGCUCAGGAUCCUGCUUGGUUAACGGGAUCGACUACCGUGCCUCAACCAUCCUUACCGGUGAGUAGGACACACAGGAUCGAACGAGCCACCCACAGUUCGGCGCAUAAUCAAGAGAACUUCGUGGAACCACUUGUGGACUUGACUCGUGAUGCCACUCCUGAUACUACACCUCAUUACUAUGGGGCGCAACGGCGCAUCUCUUCGCAACCUCCUUUCGAUGGCCAGAGAAAGAGAGAUGCGCUCCCUGCAUCAGCAGUAAGACGUUACGAGGUUCAGCUGGAAAAGUUGAAUCCUCAUCGGUACGGCUCCGCUCCAUAUCAAGAGCGGCAAUGA